CCAACCAGGCACAUGGCAACCAGGUAUGAGCCAACAAGGCCUGAACCAACCACGCAUGUGGCAACCAAGCAUGAGGCAACCAUGCUGGGGCCAAUUCAGCAGAAGUCAACUAAGCAUGAGGCAACCAGGCCCAAGCCAACCAUGCACAAGUCAACCAGGCCUGAGGCAACCAGGCCUGAGCCAAUUCAGUAUGAGUCAAUCAGGCAUGAGGCAACCAGGCUGGAGCCAAUCAGGCACAAGUCAAGCAGGAACAAGCAAAGCAGGCAUGAACCAACCAAGCCCAAGCCAACCAGGCAUAAGGCAACCAGGUAGAAGCCAAUCAGGCAUGAGGCAAGCAAGCAUGAAUUCUUUCCGAGUAAGACCUGCAGAGGCUCAUGACUGCCCAGAAAUCUUGCGCCUAAUUAAAGAAUUGGCUUCCUGUGAAAACAUGCUAGAUUCAGUGAAGUUAACAGUAACAGAUUUACUCAGAGAUGGCUUUGGGAACAAUCCCCUUUUCUACUGCCUAAUUGCAGAAGUACACAAUCAACAAAAACCAUCAGGCAAAGUGACUGUUGGAUUUGCCAUGUACUACUUUACGUACGAUCCCUGGAUUGGCAAGUUACUUUACCUAGAGGACUUUUAUGUCAUACAAUCUUACCGAGGUCUAGGUAUUGGAGUUGAAAUGCUGAAGAGGUUAAGUCAGAUAGCCAUCAGAAGCCAAUGUAACUGCAUGCACUUUCUUGUUGUCAUUUGGAACCAGGCUUCUAUUGACUACUAUACUCGUCGAGGGGCUUUAGACCUUUCCUCUGAGGAGGGUUGGCAUCUGUUCAGGUUUAAUAGAGAAGAACUCAUGGAUAUGGCAAAGGAAGAGUGAAAGAUGACUCAUCUCAACUUGUCCCAACAUAUGCUCCAACAUUUGAAUGUCACCUGAGUCUAACAGCAGUUUGACUUUGAGUGUUGUACAAUACA